AUGGCUGAACUAAUUCAGUUUGCGAGCGACUACUGGGUUACACUUUUGGCUGGUUUCCUGAUUCUUCUGUUUUACCGAUACUGUGUUGCACCAUUCACCUUAUUCAGGAGGCUUGGAAUCAGAGGGCCCACACCGCUUCCACUUUUGGGAAAUUCAGGAAGAGUCCUUUUGGAUCAAAAUAUUGCUCCGAAGCUUCAUCGAGAGUGGUGUAGGAAGUAUGGCAGGGUGUUUGGGAUGUACUUUUUUCGUCAGCCUUUUCUGAUGGUGGCUGAUCCGGAAAUGAUCAGAGAUGUCUUUGUCAAGGAGUUUCCCAAAUUUCACGAUAGAAAGAACUCCUUAAAAUUACGAAAACCCUAUGACAAAAUGUUGGCAAUAGUUACUGGUAAAAAAUGGAAGGAUAUUCGAAGUACUCUGUCACCAGCAUUCAGUGCCUCUAAAAUGAAACAGAUGAUGGCGCUAAUGAAUGAAGCAGUGGGAACACUUAUGAAAAAAGUGGACUAUAUUUCAAGAACAAAAGAGAUUGUUGACUUCAACAGUUGGCUCCAGAGUCUUACCAUGGAAAUAAUUCUGUCGACAGCGUUUGGAGUCAAAGCAGAAACACAGACUGAUGAAAAUGAUCCAAUCACUCAAAUGGCAAGAAAAGCAACAACACCACAUCCCAUCAUUGGCGUUCUGUUUCUUCUGCCUUUUGGAGACUGGUUAUCCAAGUACGUUCCAGACCCAUUUAAUUUUGAGAAGAUGUGGUCUCUUGCUGAAAACAUUCUUGCUGAAAGGACGAAAGUAAACGGAACAAGCAAACCACAGCGAGGGGACAUGUUGCAACUUAUGCUGGAUGCGAAAGACGAAACAGGGGGAGAAAAGAUUGACUAUGAAGACAUCAUUGCCCAGACUUUGGUUUUCCUUAUCGCUGGUUAUGAAACAACAAGUACCACUCUGGGCUUUGUUUGUUAUCAUCUUGCUGUUGACACGCAUGUGCAAGACAAACUGAGGAAUGAAAUUGACCGUCUAUGGCCCGUAGACGAGGCGUCACCGUCUUAUGAUGUCCUUCAUGAGAUGGAAUAUCUCGACAUGGUUAUUAACGAAGCACUCAGGAUGUAUCCCCCGGGCUUUAUGACACAGAGAGAUUGUAAUGAAACCUGCACCAUCAAAGGGAUUAAAAUUCCGAAAGGACUGCCCGUCAUGAUACCAAUUUAUGCCAUCCAUCAUGACCCAGAGUUUUGGCCGGAGCCAGAGAGGUUUGAUCCGGAGAGGUUUACAGAGGCGGAGAAAGCAAAACGUUCUCCUUAUGCGUUCCUGCCUUUUGGUUAUGGUCCCCGAAAUUGCAUUGGCAUGCGAUUUGCUUUGCUGGAAAUUAAGCUGACGUUGGUGCGAUUACUGAAGAAGUACAAUCUAGAGAGCACCGAGAAAACAGCGGUAAGUUCCCCUGAAUUUUGCAGUAGCUCUCUCCCUUUCGUGUCCUCCGGGGAAAAUCAUGCUACGAGUUUCCAAGAGGGAGUAAAGCAAGAACAAGAAGAGAUGAUCGACCUUCUACAAACAAUGAUUCAGUUUACAAGUGACCACUGGGUUACACUAUUGAUUGGAUUUCUGAUUUUCCUGUCUUAUCGGUUCUGCGUUGUACCUUUCACUGUGUUCAAGAAACUUGGAAUCAAAGGACCUACACCUCUUCCAUUUUUUGGGAACUCCAUACAGAACCAAUUUAAUCCAAGCAUUGUCCCGCAAUGUCAGAUAUCAUGGUGUAAAAGAUAUGGGAGGGUGUUUGGCAUAUAUAUAUUUCGUCAGCCUUUUCUGGUGGUGGCCGAUCCAGAUAUGGUAAAAGACAUCCUCGUGAAAGAAUUCCCCAAAUUUCAUGAUCGGAAGAAAUUGGUAAACUUUCGAAAACCUUAUGACAGAAUGUUACAAGUUGCCAGUGGUCAGAAGUGGAAGGAUAUACGAUCCACGCUGUCCCCGACCUUCAGUGCAGCUAAAAUGAAGCAGAUGAUGCCCUUUAUGAACGAAGCAGUGAACACUUUUAUGCAGAAAGUGGACAGAAUUUCCAAGACAGGAGAAAUCGUUGAUUUCCAUAGGUGGUUUCAGAGUCUCACCAUGGAGAUAAUAUUUUCGACAGCAUUUGGACUCAAAGUUGAGACACAAACUGUUGAAAAUGAUCCAGUCACCGAGCUUGCAAAGAAAGCCAUGGCUCCACACCCUUUGCUCGGAUUAGUGUUCCUCCUGCCAUUCGGAGAAUACAUUAUAAAUAAUUUACCGGACCCUUUUGAUUGUGAGAAGAUUUUGUCGUUAUCAGCUGAUAUUAUCGCUCAAAGGAGAGAUGAAAAGGGCGAGAAAAGCGCGGCUCGAAAAGAUCUUCUUCAAUUGAUGUUAGAUGCAAAAGGCGAAACAGGAGGAGGAAAGAUUGAUUACGUUGAUAUUGAAGCACAGUGUCUUACUUUCCUUCUCGCUGGUUCCGAUACUUCCAGUACUACUCUGGGUUUUGUUUGCUAUGAACUCGCCCUUCACACAAAUGUGCAAGACAAGCUGAGAGACGAAAUCGACUGUAUGUGGCCCAGAGACGAGGAGUCACCAUCAUAUGACACCAUUCAUAAGAUGGAAUAUCUUGAUAUGGUUAUUAACGAAACAAUUAGAAUGCAUCCUCCAGGAUUUGCACUUCACAGAGACUGCAACGAGGCUUGCACUACAAAAGGAUUAGUCAUUCCUAAAGGAUUGCCAGUUAUGAUUCCAUGUUAUGCAAUCCAUCAUGAUCCGGAGAUAUGGCCGGAACCCGAAACAUUCAACCCAGAAAGGUUCACAGAAGCGGAGAAAGCAAAGCGUCACCCCUAUGCAUUUCUACCUUUUGGGUUUGGUCCUCAUAACUGUGUUGGAAUGCGAUUUGCUUUGCUGGAAAUAAAACUGACCCUUGUUAGAUUACUGAAGAAGUACAAGCUAGAGCGUACCGAGAAAACAGCUGUUCCAAUAAAGUUUGAAGUCAUGUUUACUCUGAUCUGCGCUCCUGACACAAUCAUGUUGAAGGUUUCACCAAGGGAUUAAACACAAUUAUAUUAUUGUCUUCUUCAACUUUGUAAAACGGUGAAAACGUUGUCUGGCUUUUAGAUAUGAGUCAUUUACCUGUGUAACAACCAAUCUAAAGUAUUAUAAGAAGUUGCUAGUAGUGUACUAUUAGUGAACUUUAUGAAAAACAUUUAUUACAAAUGAGACAAGUACAUAUUAAAUCUACCCUAUGCCCCCAAGGAAAAAAGGUGUAUACUAAAACAAUGUACUAAGAUCACAAAUAAAUCUAGUUGAACUCCACAUUAAAUGUGUUUAAAUACUACGACAGCUAUUUGAAAAAAUAUAUAUAUUGUUAUGGUUGAUCCCCUUUCAAUAACACUCUACUAAAAGUACCCAUAGCUCGGAUGUCUAUCCAGUUGACCAAAGAUGAUCAGAUAAAGUGUAUACCGUCAUAGAGUGGCGUAUUCUGAUUGCGAUCACUUCUCUUCAUCGAUUAACUUGUACUUAAAUAAAAGCUCUUAGAAUCCUCAUCUACCAUUGAGUCUGUCGGGUCUCUUUCUUAUCAAUGGUUGGAAAAUUGGCUCUAGCUACUGAUCACAUUUUAUUCGCGAUGAAAUGAGCUUGCUUCAUGUUUCAGGUGGAAUGUCUUAGACCGUGUUACAAAAAGUU